GUGAAAUGUAUUGUUUUCGUCCUUCAGGAGACUGACUCAAACUUUCUAUGUCCAAGGAUGAAUUUUGCUGAGAUACUAAGAACAAGUGGGAGCCAGUUAGCAUGGUCCCCAGACGGUCGUUUUUGUGCUGUACCUGUAACUGCAAGGUUAGAAAUCAGGGACUCUUCCUCUCUACAAGUGUUGAUUACAUACAACUGCACUGACCUAAUCCAGGUUUUGGAAUGGUCUUCAGACUCCUCCUAUGUGCUCACUGGCAACUAUAAGCGUUGUGUGACAGAAGUGUGGUCUAUUGAGGAUCCAGAUUGGAAAUGCAAGAUUAACGAAGGAUCCGCUGGGCUUAUAAAAGUUUGCUGGGCUCCAGAUAGUCGACAUAUUUUAACCACAGCCGAGUUUUAUUUACGCAUCACUGUAUGGUCGUUGGUUAGCAAGACAGUGUCAUAUAUAAAACACCCCAAGAACAUAGCACAGGGUUUGCAAUUCAGCCCAGACCAUGAUUAUUUGGCAGUGGUGGAGAGGAAGGAGUGCAAGGAUUACAUCUCUCUUAUGGAAACUAAAUCAUGGCAUCUGGUUAAGCACUUUGAAGUAGCAACAAGAGACCUAGCGGGUGUUCAGUGGUCAAGUGAUGGCUCAGUUCUUGCUGUAUGGGAGUCCCCCCUAGAGUAUAAAAUUCUCAUUUAUUCUCUUAGUGGGCACUCUUUGGCAACCUACUCUGCAUACCAGUGGUCACUCGGUAUAAAAGGAGUGUCUUGGUCUCCCUCUAGCCAGUUCCUAGCAAUUGGUAGUUACGAUCAGAAGGUACGCUUGAUGAACCACCUAACAUGGCGCAUCAUAGCAGAUUUUACACACGACUCUAUUAUUGACUCAGAAAACUGCGUAAUCUUUAAGGAGGUGGAAAAGCCUCUGACUGGUUAUCCAGCUACUUUGGCAUCAGUCCAAGGUCUUCCAUUGAUUCUUGAAACAACUUACGAGGAAGAGGAAACCAGACCGGUGAGCCUCGCUUCCAUCACCACUGAGCUGGGAAAGCAGGCUAGUCCACGCAUUGGUGUUGGAACUCUUCUCUUCAGUAGAGAUAACCGUUACUUAGCAACACGUAAUGACAACAUGCCAGCCACCAUAUGGAUAUGGAGUGUACCAAAACUGUCAUUAAAGGCUGUACUUGUACAUGUCAAUCCUGUAAAAGAAUUUACUUGGGACCCUCGACAGCCCCGUCUUGCACUGUGCACAGGGAGCAACCAUGUUUACUUCUGGUCUCCAUUUGGCUGCUUAACAGUUGCCAUCCCCGGGGCACCCACACUGCAGAUCUCAUCACUCAGAUGGCAUCCUUCAGGUUCUUCUAUAGCCUUGAUGGGACGUGACCAAUUCUCAGUCUGUUUCUUUGAUGGCCAGCCAAAGAUGAUGGGACUGAAUUCCAGCGCUUAAUCAUUAACUCAGGUUCUCGUUUUUACUAAGUUCAAUAUUUGGGAAAAAUAGAUGGCGAGGGGACUUAUAUGAUGAUUGCUUGAGCAUCAGAUUAUUUCUGGAGGGUCUUCCAUAUUUAUGAGCUUGUAAUAUUAAGUCUCAUUUCUUAUCUUCCCAUGGAAAAAUAUUUUCAACUUAUGUUUAGUCAUUCAUCAAACUAAAAUUUCAGAAUUCUUCUUUAAUAGGAAAAUGCACUUCACUCCAAACUCUUCAUUUACUCAAACUUUGUUGCCUGUCAUCUCAAUCAAGUCCUUUUUGUAUUUCCAUAACUUCACCAGCUGCUCUCGGUUUCAUUUUGAAUUGUGUGCAGUUCUCAUUGAAUUUUAUUAUUGCAUCCUCAUGAAACUUGCUGCCUUCUGAUCAUCAUAAUGUUAUUUAAAAUUAUACUCUACUUUAGAGUUUUUGAUCAUAAGCUGUUUAAAAGAUAAAGGCAAUACAGUAGAUUCAUUUUCAGUCUUCAAAACUGUACAUUGGUAAUGAAAACAAAAUAGACUUUGGUAAAUGGAGGCAAAGAAUGGAUAUAAAGGAUGAGCAUGACUAUUAAUUCUACGAGAGAUUAAUAAAGUUUUUGAAAUAACAGAAAAGAACAUUACUAAAACAACUUCUCGACCAAUAUAUAAUGAUACCACUCAGUUACCAUGGAUGUGAACUGCUGUCACUUCCUGCUAUAGUGGAGAUUAGAGUAUUAGUUAUUGACAGACGACAUACACUGACAAGGUACAAAAAAAUAAGACUUUUUAGCAUAAACUUGUACAUUAAUAAACCAGUGAGGAUCAAGAUGCAAAGUUGUGAAAGUAUGAUUCAGGGUAGAGAUGUGCAUCAACAAAACUGAAAUGAUUCUUCAGAGCUGUUCUUCCUAAUGUGUUCAAGGUGAAAGGAAAAAAUAAUAAUUAUAACAUAUAAAUUAAUAAAUGUAUAAUUUCAAGAAACAAUGACAAAAUAGUUCUUCCAAGGAUUUAGUGUCCAUUUGUUGUUGCUAGUCAGGGAUGGUAAUCUAAAUAUUGACUGUGUUAUGCAAUGAAAAUAAGUGUAUAUUUCUGGGUAAACUAUAUUUUUUAUAAUCUAAAAUAAAUAAAGUUAUCUUCCAUCUGUUUUA